AUGGCUUCUCCUUCUUCAACUAAGUUAAUUCUACUCAGAAGACUAUCCAGAGCUCUGAAACUGAAACCUCCCUCUGCUUCCAUACAAAGAUCUUCUUCAUCAUCUUCUUCUCUAUAUCUUUCAUCACUUCCAGAAGCUUCGAGGCUUGCUCAUGGAUAUUGUCUUUCAAUCUGUUGUAGAAACUUCUGCUCUCGCCCUCCUCAUCUCAAUGACGAGUCUCAAGGCCCUGUCACUAUAUAUAACAGUGUUCUACUGCAGGAGGAUGAAUAUCACAGGCUAGCUGAUACCACGAUACAGGACCUGCUAGAGAAGAUAGAGGAAUAUGGUGACACAGUUGAAAUUGAUGGUUUUGACAUAGAGUAUGGGAACCAGGUUUUAACCCUGAAGCUUGGGAGUUUGGGAACCUAUGUUUUGAACAAACAAACACCAAAUAGACAAAUUUGGAUGUCCUCGCCUGUGAGGGAAAAGGGAAGAGAAAAGAGUUGUGGGGAAGGGAGGAGAGUCACUACAGGACUGGGAGUCCUGCCACAUCAUUUUCUCAACCAUAUUUAUAAAUGA